UUGAUUUACUAGAGAGAAAAGUAAUAACAAAAAAAUCUGAUAUUUUUAUUCUGAAUUGACCAUUUCUAUUUCUAGUAAUUUCUAACUUUAUCUGUUUUUGAAAAUCUGGAUUUAAUAUUUUAUAGUUAAUAGUUAGAUUUCCGUUUUGAUAACAAAUUUGAAACUUUCGAUAGUUGAACAGUUGAAGCGAUGGCCGUCGUCGACUUUGAUUUCAGCGACAUGGGCUGUUCAAAUGUACGAAGAUGAUUAUAUAAGUGCUUGUGUCCGAACGCAAAGAAACAUUUGAAGUUAUGGAUUUGGAUCAUGGCAAUGGAAACAUUGAGUACUCAAGAACAGAUAUUGAGGAAACUGAUGGGAUUGGAAGUAAUAAACAAUCAGGGGAAUAUCAGGGACUCUUCGCUCGAAAUCAAAGCCGAAACGGUAGGCAUGGGACUGUGGAAAAAGGAACCAAUAAGCAUGCAACCAGACAUUUAGAACUUGAUGAUGAAUCUGGAAGCAGUAAGCAUUCAAGUAAGGUUAGUGAAAGCUUUAUGCAUUUAAGAAGAUCAUUAGAACCAGAUGUCGAAACUGGAAGCAGUAAUCGACCAGAUACUUAUCCACAGGUUAUAAAUGGGGUUGCAGGGAUUGGAAGUAACCAUUUUGAGACUAAUCCUGAGGUUAACAAGGGAUGGGGAGACAAUCAUAAUUUUGAAAUACUAGGUGACAGCAGUAAACAAUCAAAAGUAAUUCAAGGAAAGAAGGAUUGGAUCGAAGGCAAUAUACACAUUUCAGCUGAAAAGCGCAGUUUGUCAUCCUCUUCACCGUCAACUUCUUCAUCUAGUUUGUUUACAGAUGAUCAGUUUGAAGUGGAUAUAAAUCUAUCAAAGACCAAAUCCGGCCCUAAGUCUGAAGAGAAAGCUACACAAAUACAAUCACUUAAAGAUAAACAUCAUGUUUCCAAUGGAGAUGCAAGUCUCGCAUUAGCAUCUCAAGUUUCUUGUGGGACAAAUGAACCAACAUUGAUGCAAUCCCCACUGGUCCAAGUGAUGGACCGAGUAGGAGGGCUAGACUCUUGUAAGAUUUCCUCUGCUGUCUUUGCAAGAAGUAAAUCAAUAACUCCUAUGGAUUGGAGUCUUCCGUCUAGUGAGUCAUUAUUCAGCAUUCAGUUAGGGGACAAUAGUUUCUCCAGAGAUUAUGUUCUUAGCUCAAAAUCUAGAGAACUUUUCAAGUCUGGUGAGUUUGUUGAGUUGAGUCCACUCGCUAUCGUUCUAGAGGGAGACACUGUUAAAAAGGGAGUUGAAUCGGAUAAGAGUGAGCCAACUUCGAUAUCAGAUGAUGUUGUCAAGGAUAAAACAGGCCGAAGCAUCGAAGGACAAGUCAUUGAAAAGCCUGCACGUCCCAUGGUAUCCUGGAGUUCAGACACCACUGCUCAUCAUUCUGUUGAUAAUGUAUCCAGUGUACACUCCAUGGACUUUCCAAUAAGAAAGAAGACGCAGAGGAAGUGUGGAUGGCCAUCAUGCUACUGUUCUAAUUGUUGGUUGGCGGUUUGCUACGGUUGGAAGUGUACCAUUUUGUCAGAUCGAAAAUGUGCUUCUGCAAUAGAAAAAGAACAGAAGCAGCAACAACAACAACAACAACAACAAAAGGAACAUCCCAUGGCCUCGUCAGUACCCUCAAAAUCAAGUUGCUGCACCUGUUCCUCCUGUUGAUGGUUUUGGUGUUGCUGUUGUAGAUGAAACUACGGUUCAAGAACUAGCUAGCCUUGGCCGCGCCGGUUGGAAAAAGCCUGCCCCAGAUCUGUCCUUUGUUUUGGGAGGUUUGCAAACUGCUUUUGAUAUUUAAUCACCAUAACUUCCGAAUAACUGCAAAGGCUCCCAUCCACUUCAACUCAAUGUCUAGUUAGCAUGGAUCACGACUACGAGAAAGCUGGAUGAAAGCGUUUAUGGAAGCUUAAUCUGCUGUUUGCUAUGCCUGAUGGCUAGUUAGACUCGACAUAAUGUUUACCAUCGCUCUCCUUUCAAGGUUUACGCCUUGCCCUAUUGAAAUUCAUUUCAGAUCAUCGAAAAGAACGUUGAGACAAGACACAUACAUUAAAAGAUCAAGUGGUUUUCCUUUUUCGUUUCGAAAGUCUAAAGAAUUGAGACCGAACAGGUCUUUUGAUUAUGAAGAGCACCUCAGGCUACUUAUUUCCUCAUGGCCCAUACAGCCAUCAGAUAUUAUUUGUAAAAUAGUUCCGUUGAGUCUCAUAUUAGUUAUCGAACCAAUUCCUAUAAUUAUGAAACCCAUAUGAGAUACGGAGGAAUAGGCUAUUAUUUCUUCACUUUUUUUUUUUAAA